CUCUUUCCGGUUAGCUUUCGAGCCAAGGUGUGUACUUUUGGCAGUCUUCUUUAAACUUUGCCAUAUUAGUGUUAAGAACAAGAGCAUAACUUGUAAUAAAAAACAGUGAACUUGUUUUGCACGAUGCCUUCUGUGACACUAAAAGACGUCGACCAGCACAAGUUCGUCAAGGCAUUUGCCGCGUUUUUAAAAAAGACCGGUAAAAUGCGCGUUCCAGAGUGGGUGGAUAUUGUAAAAUCCGCACGAUUCAAGGAGCUUGCACCAUACGAUCCUGAUUGGUACUACAUCAGAUGUGCUGCAUUGGUACGACACAUCUACAUUCGUAGCCCGAUUGGUUCUAGAGCAGUCACCAAAAUUUUUGGAGGUCGCAAACGUAAUGGCACCCAUCCCAGUCACUUCUGUAAAUCUGCUGGUGGCGUAGCUCGUAAAGCUCUCCAAAGCUUGGAGCAACUGAAACUUAUCGAGAAGGCUCCAAUCGGUGGACGCAAGCUCACUAGCCAAGGUCGUAGGGAUUUAGAUCGCAUUGCAGCUCAGGUUAAAGCAAAAAGCAAAAAACAACUCAAAAUGCAGGAAACUCUUGUUCUAUAAUUUCGUUUAAUAAAAGAAGAAAAUUGAUA